GCCUCCCCGCAGAGCCCGCGGCCGGUGCGGGGGGCUCUGCCGCCCGGUGACCCCCGGCGCCCGCGCGGACCCGCCUGGAGAGAGGACGGAAGAGGGAGCGAAAGGAGGGGGGAAAGAAAGGGGGUGGCAUACGGCCCUUUGGGAGGAUACUGGCAAAUAAGCAAAUUAAACAGAAAGAGAGCAGCGUGUUGUCAUAGCAACAGCGCAAUUAAAUUACUUUACUGUCAGCCAUCAUAUAAUUUUCCUGUUUAGAAGCUCAUGGGACGUAACUUCCAUUUGGAGUCAAAGUUGAGUGCGCGGCGUAGGUGGGCGAUGCCGGUGCCCCCGGACGCCGGCGAUACUCGCGUUUACCUUCUGGCCGCGCUGGACGCUGCGCUGAAAGCUGGGAAGCGGGACCGAUGAGUUGCUAUCUAAAUGGGUCCAGUCAUGCCUCCCAGUAAGAAGCCGGAGGGCUCAGGAAUUAGUGUUCCCAGCGGAUUGAGCCAACGUUACCAAGAUAGCGAUUUAUCAAAGGCACUUCACGAUGACGAGGACCUAGAUUUCUCUUUGCCUGCCAUCAGAUUAGAUAAAGGGGCCAUGGAAGAUGAAGAACUAACUAAUUUGAACUGGUUACACGAGAGCAAGAACUUACUGAAAAGCUUUGGGGACUCAGUGUUAAGGAGCGUUAGCCCUGUUCAGGACAUUGGUGAUGACACACCACCGUCUCCUGCCCACUCUGACAUGCCCUACGAUGCCAAGCAGAACCCCAACUGCAAACCUCCUUAUUCCUUUAGCUGCCUCAUAUUUAUGGCCAUUGAGGACUCGCCAACCAAAAGACUGCCUGUAAAGGAUAUAUACAACUGGAUCUUGGAACACUUUCCGUAUUUUGCAAAUGCACCCACUGGAUGGAAAAAUUCUGUGAGACAUAAUCUAUCCUUGAAUAAGUGUUUUAAGAAAGUGGACAAAGACAGAAGUCAGAGUAUUGGAAAGGGGUCCUUAUGGUGUAUAGACCCAGAAUAUAGACAAAAUCUUAUUCAGGCUUUGAAAAAGACACCCUAUCACCCAUAUUCGCAUGUGUUCAAUACACCUCCCACAUCUCCUCAGGCAUAUCAAAGCACAUCAGGUCCACCCAUUUGGCCAGGAAGCACCUUUUUCAAGAGAAAUGGAGCCCUUCUACAAGAUCCUGACAUUGAUGCUGCCACUGCCAUGAUGCUUUUGAAUACUCCCCCUGAGAUACAAGCAGGUUUUCCUCCGGGUGUGAUACAAAAUGGAGCUCGAGUUCUGAGUAGAGGAAUAUUUCCUGGAGCCAGGCCAUUGCCAAUCAACCCUAUAGGAAGCAUGGCUGUUGCAGUAAGGAAUGGAAUAACAAACUGCCGGAUGCGGACAGAAAGCGAACAGUCCUGUGGCUCUCCAGUUGUUAGCGGUGACCCAAAGGAGGAUCACAACUACAGCAGUGCCAAAUCUUCCAACCACAGGAGCACAUCACCUGCCAGUGACUCCGUUUCCUCUUCCUCUGCUGAUGACCAGUAUGAAUUUGCAACUAAAGGUAGCCAAGCCAGCAGUGAAGGAAGUGAAGUUAGCUUCCAGAGCCAUGAGAGCCAUAGUGAAACAGAAGAGGAGGACAAAAAGCAAAAUCAGAAGGAGACCAAGGAUUCUUUAGCUGACAGUGGAUAUGCAUCCCAGCACAAGAAAAGGCAACAUUUAAUGAAGGUGAAAAAAGUACCAAGUGACACACUGCCUCUUAAAAAGAGACGUACAGAAAAGCCCCCUGAGAGUGAUGAUGAGGAGAUGAAAGAAGCAGCAGGAUCGCUCCUGCAUUUAGCAGGAAUUCGAUCCUGUUUGAACAACAUCACCAAUCGGACGGCAAAGGGGCAGAAAGAGCAAAAGGAAACCACAAAAAAUUAGAACAAAUCAAUGAUUUGUUUGAACUUAACAAAGUUUUGUUUCAGCACGUCAGGUGAAUUCUAAUGAUUUGUGGCAAUAUCAGCAAUUUUUUCCUUUUUUGAUUUUCUUUCUAUUUGUUUUUGUUUUGUUUCUUUCUUUUUCUUUUUUUUUUUUUUUGGACCCUUAAGAUUUUUAUUUUUAAAGGAGAUUGAAGCCAUAGAACUCAUACUGACACUCAGCUAAUUUACAAAAGCUUUUCAUUACCUGAAGACAAAAAAUUAACAAAAAAAAAAGCCAAAAUCGCCAUUGCUUUCUCCGGCUUGUCAAAAAUGCAUGGUUGAAUACUCAGUGACAUCAACAUUAAUGUGAUGGGAGUAAAAUUGGGCACUUGGAAAUCCCUCUUACGCUAGAAGAGCUGUGCAUAAUUUAGUAAUCAUUCAGGCCUGGCCCUUAAGAAUUCUUUUUAAUGGCCUUACGAUUGGGUUAGAAGUGAAUGUGAAUAAAGAGAUAUGGGGGAAAGAGGAGGCACGUACUUCUCAACACCAAACCAAGAACCAUCUAGUGGCACUUGGAUACAUUUUGCCAUAGAAGUCUUUGGACAGCCACUGGUGGCAACUGCGCAAACCAUAAUGCACUUUUAGUGCUUCACGUACUAUAUGUGGCUCAUAAUGUGAAGACUGAUAAUUUUAAGUUUGGGGAAAUUUGAACUAUGUAUGCAAUGGGUUUCAGUGAAAUAACGAGAAGAAAUCGGGGGAGGGGGCACUGCUAGUAGCAUCAUUAAUCAUUGGAUUCUGUCUUCUAUAUUAAAUUAAAAGAAAGUUCAAAAAGCCAUAAGCCCGAAGAUUGGCACUGCGUGCAAAAAAUAAUAGUAAUAGGGAAAAAUAAGCUAUGUCUUCUAAACUGCCUGAGUGAAAAGCAAUCAAGUCUAAGAAAUUACAGUAGAUACUAAGGAUGGAAAUACAUCAGAAUCUUUUUCUGUGGAUCAAAUCCUUGAUCUAACUGGGGAAACAAAGCUACAAAACCUACCAUUAGUAGUAUCUUGUAUUAAAAAAAAAAAAGGAAAGCAUAUCGGUGAACAGUAAAAUUCAGAAGUUCAACAAAAGAGCUCCUACACUGCCCUCAGAAAUGAGUGUGCAGUUACCGUCAGUCAGGAUUCAUCUGUGCAAAAAUGACAACAGAUUUCCAGAUUCAACCAGCGUAGCCAGCAGAAGAAAUUUGAUCCACAUUGCAUGGAUUCCUUUUGGGAGGGGGGAAAUACAAAAAGCAAACAAUUUUUUUUAUUCAAAGAUGACAAAGUUCUUGUAAGGUAAAUAAUGUAUUUAGCAUGAAGCAUGAAUUAUUUUCAUAUAAAUAUAGAAAAUAGAGAAAAAGGCUAUGCCUCUAAUUUUUAAGCCCUUAGGCUUAGAGUUUGGGGUUUUUUUGGGUUUUAUUUUUUGUUUGUUUUGUUUUGUUUUUGUUUUGGUUCUUUUUUGUUGUUGUUGGGGUUUUUUUGAAGCAGGUGUUUAAGGUUUAACCUUCUUCAGGGACAAACACUGACUGUUGGGGAACUUAUUCUGCAAUAUUAAAAAAUAAAAUCUUCAUGCUCUGGUAGGGCUUGGAUGGUUGAAUUAUACUGCCUUGUCUGCACAUUCAGCCCCCCUCUCCCUACUUCUGUUUAAAAAAAAAAAAAGAAAAAAAAAGAAAAAAAGAAAAAGUGUGUCCUUUCUUCGUCUGUACAUGUGUAACAUGACGCAAUAAUCUGAGGGCAAACUUAGUAGUGAGUGUGUAUGACAGAAUCAAGAGAAUAAUGGGAGGCUAAUUGAGGAAAACUCUCUGAUUUGAUUCAGGAAUAAGUAGACAAGAAAAUAGCUUUGCUAAUUUGCCAUGAGAAAAUGAAGUUAGUAAAGAGCCUUACUGAGGUGUCCAGAGAAGAACCAGUGUUACAGAGAGUGUGAUUCAGGUAUAGUGCUACUCUCCUGGUAAUGGCGACUGUUAGACUGGAGAUCCCUACAGCAGAGGGAAGCUGUGAAAUAAAUAAGACAGUCUCUCUCACCUGGAUUCAUGAAUUUGGCAUGAAAACUUCUACACUUAGAAUAUCCUAGAGGCAAGAAGAAAAUCCCAGGAACCAACCACUUAACAGAACAAAAUGGUCUGUUUCUUAAAAAGAAUAGAGGUUUAUAUUUAUCCCUAACAACUGUGUCGGACAGCAGUUUCACCAAGACAGAUGUAGUUUAUGAAAAGUGAGUUAGAGAAGGGUUUGACUUCCCACUCAGUGGAGUGAACUAAAAAUUGCAUUUGGAGAUGCUUGUGUUGUGUGUUCACUUAGGAAGUGGAAGGACUGAAGGGCAGGCUGGUCUGGACCUGUUGCUGUGCUCCACAAGCAUUUUGUCUUGUAAAGAACAGGGCCGCAAUGGAGGCAGCACAGCAAAAUGGUGCUUCUCUUCCCAUCCCACCCACCUUGUCCUGGGAUCCGGGAGCUGCCUGACAGCUGCCGGAGCCCAGCACAACAGCCAGCUAUGCAGAUAGGAAGGAGAGAGCCAAGGAUGGUGCAAGGAACGGCUCUGCGCUCCUUGCAGUUUGCUGGAGCUGAUGCAUGCAGGGUUGAUCCCCAGCGUUAGUUAAGUCAGGAGUACAUGGAUACUAAUUUUUGUUGGCUGCCUGCAGCCCUUAAAAUGAAGUUGGAGAAAACAGGAAGGACAGGUCCCUUCGCCAGGUAGCACAGAGAUGAAUGAGCCAUAGCUUUUCCCUUGUGUGAUUGGACUGGGAUAAUUGGCUUCUUCCCAGAUCCACGCUCCCUACAGCCAGAGUCCGCAGGCAGUGAACCACACAACCCCUGCACAAGAAAACUUGGUCCUUCAUCAUUUUAUGGACUUUGGGGGGAGUAAUUUGAAAUAUAAAAUACUACAGUAUCAGUUUGCCACCACCUUUGCUCAUUAAUGCACAGUUGUACCAGCUCUGGAGUGGUUUAAUAUUUAUCAGAAGGCAACGAUGAAAAGUGAAAUUCAGUAGUAGAAGAUACACUGAAACCAUGGCUCAGCCAUCUCUGUCCUCCCGAGGAAGUGAUGUGGUUGUGUGCUGGUGGCCAGAUUCUGUCCACAGUCAUGACACUAAUUCUAGAGCAUCUUCACUGAUUGCAGCGUGUCAGUGCAAAUGAGAUAAGUAUUUGCUGAACAACACGUACUAUUCAUUAAUGUGGACUCUUGGUGGCUAAAUAUAUAAUUACCACUAGUAUUACUCACCUUAGAAAACAGUCAUUUUGCAUAAAUAUCUAAUUAGGCAGGUUAUCUUUACAUAUAUAUUAAGUAUAUAUAUAAUCUAUUUAAGACUUCAAGAACUCCUUUAUAUACUUGCUGGUAAGCCUAAAAUGUUGGCAAGCAUCUAUUUUCAUGUAAAAUGUGUUGCUCCUAGACCGAUCUGCUAAGGAGGUGUUAUUCAGUAGGAGUUUACAAAGUUAUGUUCAGGAACCAGCAGUUUGGCUGAGGGCUAAUGCCAUCAACAGGUUAUUUAUGGAGUUUAAAACCAACUUGUCCUUAUUGACCCUUACUCUGACUAUUGAUGAGAAGUACAUCAUUUGGAUUUGUAUAAAAUACUUAAGAGACACCUUUUAAACCAUUUCUGUGCCUGGCUGACAAUGGCACCUUUUCUCAGAACUGGUUCGACUCCACCAGAGAAAUUCUCUUUUUACAAGAAUUGAGACCGAUUUGUUUUCAAAAAAAUGUAAGGUCAGCUUUUCAAUCCAGUUGUGUCUACUUUGACUAGGUCAUGCCAAAAUGGAGUGGUAAUUGCACUGUAUUACGAACUCUCUCACUUGCCAGACGUGGUGGUUUGGUUUUGCUUGUUUGCUUUCCUUAUUAAGCCAUUUUGGGGUGAGAAGUUGUCAAAUCUCUAACUUUCCAUUUUCCUCACUCUAGCAGUAUUGCCAAAUAGCAUUUCUCCAAGACAGGUGGGGGCUAGGGGAAUCCCAGUAGGUCAGCAAGCAUUCAGUGGUGAGUUUCACAUAGGUGAGAUUCACAUAGGUCGCCGGACUUCAUGGUGGGUUCCUUUGGAAUAUGCCUUUCACAGCAAGAAGCUCUUGCAGGCCAGAGCCAAUGCCACAAGGAGAUUUCACCAGCAUCUGCAGGGAGGUGAAAUCUGCCAGUCGUGCUUGCGUUGUGCAAGCAAUUGGAUGUCCUACUGCAUUUUGAUACAGAUAUUGUCUGCAUUUAAAAAUUCAAGCACAGGCCUUGCACAGCUUUAAUGUAUCACCCCAUAGCUGUUUCUGAAAGCAGUCCGAUGCUGAUCUUCUGGCAAAACCAGCAGUAGUUCUACAGAGGUCAUGGGAUUUUAGAGCUGAAAAGCCUGGUGUGGGAGCAAGGAGACGCGUAGGACUAGGGAGCUGUCUUGUGACUGUGACUGUGACUCUCCUCUCUGGCAAUUCAGUCAAGGUCCAUAUUCUGGCUCCUCUUGUAACUUAACGGGAGAAGGGAAUCCCAAAGGAGGUGCAUUGGCUCCUGGUGUUUGAAUUACUGUCUACCUUUGGAGAAGACACAGAGAAACUCUGGGGGCUGCAUUUUUCACUGGAGUGAGGCAGUGUUGCAUCAACGUACUCUAGCAGAGAAUGAAAUCCUAAAUUAUACACCAAAUGGCACCAGGGAUAAAAUGACCAAAACAACACUGAGUCCUGUUUUCUUGGUAGCCACAAUUGAUUUUCACUGAGAUUUGGGCUCCCAAAUCAUCUUAAAGAUAUACAUAGGUACAAGCUGAGCUUUUUCAGAACCUGAGGUGUCAUCUCCGUUGUAGUCAGUGGAGCUAUAGACACCCAAGAGCUCCUGGAAGUCUUGUGUGUUUCACUAUUAUUACUAUCAUUAUUAUUACCAUUUUUCCUUGAAUCUGGCCCUAGGCAUUUUCAAAAACAUUUCUCUCCCGUGCUCCAGGAUCAGAAUAAAACUACAGAGAGAAUGCAUUUCCAAUUUCAGAUGCAAUGCGAUUGACUUCACUUCAUGGAGAAUGCAAACCCAGCUCCUUCAGGUGUGUCUGAAUAGCUACUACUGCCUGAAUAGCUCAUUGGCAUACUUUAUAGGAAAUAUUUUGAAAUGUUUUCUUGACUUUGCCACCAGAAGAGCAUUUGAACCAUACAUCCUCUUGAUUGUAACAGAAUAUCAGUGUUGACCAUCUGACCAGUUAAGUUUUAGUAGUGUUCUUCACAGCCCUCCAGUAAUAUAUCAAACACUGUUAUGCACAUAAUGCAGCACUGUGAUCUAAUUUAAAUAAUACUUUUUUAUUAUUUAUACUACUCUAUGUAAUAUACAUCAACACUUUGCUAUAUAACCUAAGUGAUAACCCUCUUCUUAGUUACCUGCCAAACUUCGAAUUUCUGUUUGGUUUAUAUUGCAGUUAGCACAGUUACCAAGUUGUAAUGGUGUCUCUUUUCCUUUGAAAUGGGAUGUGUAAGUCAGACUAUACAUUUUGUGUGUUUCUGUUUCGAGCUGGAGUUUAUAAGGAUUUACACACAACAUUCAGUGUUCUGUAUAAAUCUGCAUACAUUUGUGAAUUCAUCUGUUAAUCCCCUUUUAUUUAGAAAGUAUUAAUUGAUGGUGGUUUAUUAGGGGUUUUUGCAUUUUUAUUUUUAGUACUGGUUAUUCUUGAAUUAAGCAGAGACUUGUCAGCUGGGUUGCUUUAUCUUUGAUCAUGUACAUGACCUUAUAAUUCUUCCACAGUUCAGCAAACAAGUACUACCUUCACUGACCAAAAAAAAGAUGUCUCAACCUAAUGUGUCUAUGGUGCUGUAUUUUGCUGGUAUACAUUUAAAACCAGAAAUAAUUUAAAGGUCACUUUUGAGUUGUUCUAAUAAGUAGCCUUUCCUGGUUUUGGGAGUUUGAGUUUUGUUUUGUUUUAGCAUUGAAACAAGGUAUAUUUAUCUGAAGCUAUGUAAUGGUUUUUCUACUGUAUCAUAUUUCCUUUUGCAAAGAGGGGGAAAUCAACCUGAUGUAACAUCCUUUCACCCUUUCAGGCAAUGGAAGGGGGUUUUGUUUCACUUUUUUAUUUUCAGUUGAUUUCAUUGGGCUUUGGAUCAGGCCAGCAGUUACAAGAGCUCAUUAUCUGAGGGUUUAAGGGAUAAAUGACAACUUGCGCUGGCCCUCAGUGCUAGAAGGGAUUUUACUGGAUGCUAAAAUUAUGUGCUGGAUUAUGGGAUAGCUGAUCAUCUAGAAAGGGGAAUCUUUUUCACUUGUUUACUCUGGCCUGAAAUCCCAACACUUUCUUUUUUUUGUUCAGAUGACAUUGAACUUGAGCACAUUUUUAAGUUGCUAGAGCAUUGUACAUUUCCUGAGUAUGUGUGGGGGACAACAAUUGAAAGUCAUGCCUGUAUUUGAUAACCAGUUCCAUGCCUGCAUCAUUCACACUCACUACUUAAAACUGCCAUGAUGUAAAAUGUUGGGGGGAAUGAUUUGUGUGUGUAUGAAAAAGCAUUAUGGACUUGUACAUUUUUUUUAUACUCUGAUCUGUAAUUUCUGAAAUAUUUUCUUUUACAGAAAAAAGUGAUAAAGCAAUCAAAAGACCAAGAGAUUUAGUAUUAAUGCUUAAGGGUCACAGGACCUUAACUGGCCAAUAAGUUAAUUUAGUAUGGUGAUAAGCCAAUUUUUUUUCCUGUACUUGGCAUCUGAAACUGCCAAAUUCAUCAAUAUUAAAAUACGAACUGUGAUGGGGAAUGAACAGUGAUGUUAAGUUGUAUUUGUGUUUACCUAAAUGAGCAGUCCGAAGGCAAGUGCAAUCAGCUGAUCUUUAGGAAAUAUGAAAAUGUUGAUUUAGAGGCAUACUUGCAUUUUACAUUUUCUUGAUGUGUAAUCAUAUUGCCAAAGACAAACUAUUUCAUCAAUUACUAUUGUAAAUAACACUUUCCCAAAACCUACCAUAAAGUUUCUGUGAUGUAUUGUCUUCCAGUUGCAAUAAAAAUUACUGAGUUGCAUCAAUUGA